AUGGCGGCGCACUUGUCAGCGCGGCUGUCUGUCUGGUUGGAGACAGAGGUUGUCGACAGUGGCCAUCUUGGCAGCAUGGAGGUGGUCAGCAUGGAAGUCAAGUUGGAGACAGAGGUUCUGGACUGUGGACAACUCGAGAUGGACAACUUGGCGGCGUGGUGA